CCCUGUGGCCCGACCUGCGCAGCCAAGCGCGGCGCCUGCUGCUCUUCCUGUCGCUGGCGGACCUGCUCUCGGCCGCCUCCUACUUCUACGGGGUGCUGCAGGACUUCACGGGCCCCUCGUGGGACUGCGUGCUGCAGGGAGCUCUCUCAACCUUCGCCAACACCAGCUCCUUCUUCUGGACUGUGGCCAUCGCCCUCUACUUGUACCUCAGCAUUGUCCGCGCGGUGCGCGGACCCCGGGCCGGCCACCUGCUCUGGGCCUUCCACGUCGUCAGCUGGGGGGUUCCGCUGGCCAUCACUGUGGCAGCUGUCACCCUAAAGAAGAUCGGCUACGACGCCUCGGACGUGUCCGUGGGCUGGUGCUGGAUCGACCUGGGGGCCGAGGACCGCGUGCUGUGGAUGCUGCUGACCGGGAAGCUGUGGGAGCUGCUGGCCUACGUCGCGCUGCCGGCGCUCUACCUCCUCAUCAGGAAGCACAUAAACAGGGCGAAGCUGACACUUGUGCUUGCCCUGGCAACGCUGAUAGCCGCCUUUGGGUCUUCCUUCCAGUAUGGGUACAACGUGGCUGUCGUUAACUCCCCUGCCGAGAUCAUGAAAGAAUUCUAUAAUGAGACCUACUACGAUAGAACCAGUACAUACCUGAGCGACUUUUCCUUGACACUGCUGUGGUCUAUUUCUGUGUCCAUGUUCCCCUUCGGAGGCUUUAUCGGAUCCCUCAUGGUCGGCAUCUUGGUGAAUAAACUGGGCAGAAAAGGGACCUUGCUGCUGAACAACGUCUUUUCCAUCGUGCCCGCCAUCUUAAUGGGAUGCAGCGAAAUUGCCAAGUCAUUUGAGAUCAUAAUUGUGUCCAGACUUUUGGUGGGAAUAUGUGCAGGUCUGUCUUCCAACGUCGUCCCCAUGUACUUAGGGGAGCUGGCCCCGAAGAACCUGAGAGGGGCUCUGGGAGUGGUGCCCCAGCUCUUCAUCACUGUCGGGAUCCUCGUGGCCCAGAUCUUCGGCCUUCAGAAUCUCCUUGCAAAUGAGGAAGGCUGGCCGAUUCUCCUGGGCGUGACCGGGAUCCCAGCCGCCAUACAGCUCCUGCUGCUGCCCUUCUUCCCCGAGAGCCCCAGGUACCUGCUGAUUCAGAAGAAAGACCCGGCAUCUGCCAAGAAAGCGCUGAAGCGGCUGCGCGGCUGGGACAACGUGGACUUCGAGAUGGAGGAGAUCCGGCUGGAGGACGAGGCCGAGAAGGCCGCAGGCUUCAUCUCCGUGGUGAAGCUGUUCCAGAUGAGGUCCCUGCGCUGGCAGAUCAUCUCCGUCAUCAUCCUCAUGGGCGGCCAGCAGCUGUCGGGAGUGAAUGCGAUCUACUACUACGCAGACCAGAUCUACGUAAGCGCUGGGGUGAACACCCAUGACGUCCAGUACGUGACGGUGGGCACAGGGGCCGUCAACGUGGUGGUGACCUUCUUAGCCGUGUUCGUGGUGGAGCUCAUGGGCAGGAGGCUCCUCAUCCUCCUGGGCUUCUCCAUCUGCUUCACUGCCUGCUGCGUGCUGACAGUUGCUCUGGCUCUGCAGGACACAAUAUCGUGGAUGCCUUACCUCAGCAUCGUCUGUGUCAUCUCCUACGUCAUAGGACACGCCCUUGGGCCCAGUCCCAUCCCCGCGCUGUUCAUCGCUGAGGUCUUCCUGCAGUCCUCCCGGUCGUCUGCCUUCAUGGUCGGGGGAAGCGUCCACUGGCUCUCCAACUUCACCGUGGGCUUGGUCUUCCCCUUCAUUCAAGUGGGCCUCGGGCCUUACAGCUUCAUCAUUUUCGCCGUGAUAUGUCUGCUCACCACCAUCUACACCUUCCUGGUUGUCCCCGAGACCAAGGCCAAGACAUUCAUGGAGAUCAAUCAGAUUUUUGCCAAGAUGAAUAAGGUGUCAGAGGUGCACCCAGAGAAAGAGGAACUAACGGACUUCCCGCCCUCGUCUCUGGAGCAGUAACUCGAGAGGCGCCGCCUGUUCAGUAGAUCGGUGGGGAGCUCUCGGGCUUUUUCUUAAUAGUUGUCUAUAAGAAUCCAGAACUUGAACAAGUCCAAGGUGGAAUGCAGGCCCUGCUGGGACUUCUCGAAGGGCUUCUGUGCAGCUCACAAAAGCCAGGUUGUCUUUCUCCAGACUGACCCGUCACCAACCCAGAGUCACAGCGAGCAGCUGUCCCUCGACCAUGCUGGGUUGGCCAUUGUGUGGCUUCUGGUAACACCAUCUCUUAUAACAAAAAUCAUUACUAUGGUGACAAAAUGAAAGGAAUCAAAUUUGGCCAGAGAAACAAACUCUUCUCCAAUCCCCUGGGUCUUCUAGGGGCCACCGGCAUGUGAUCAGAGAGAAAUUCUUCCUCUUGUCAGAUCCAUCUCCAGAAUCACCACUCUUGAGAAGUGUGUUGUCACAAGUAAUGAUGUCUAGGAAGCUGGGGAACAGUCCCCUGUGGAAACUUUAACCGAGUCAGAUUAUUAGUCCUAAAUUAUAUUGUUAGAGGACGAUGGCGUUGCCUCUGUAUACUCGAUAAAACGAUUGUGAUCACUUUUCA